UACUUAUGCCCGUGCAUUAUGCAGGAUUAGCAACCAGGGUGUGCCCCACUGAGCUGUGUAGCUGUUUUUCAGAAGCGACUGGCUAUCACAAAUAAGAGCUCAACGAAGUGACUUGUCAUCAUCGUCAUUACGUGGACAUUUAUAGCAGCCAAAUAUUCUCAACGCAUGACGUUGGUUCUAUAUGUCGAGGGAAAAAAACGAAGGACCCGGAGAAAAAUCCACGCAACCACGGGGAGGUAUUCGCCAUGAAAGUUUGCACAGACAAGGAAUUUACUAUGGCCGGAAGGUGCAUACAUUCAACAUGUAGGAAUCUUAAAACUGAAAUGAGUGGUAUACAGUCAAACUAUACUAAAAUUACAAAGUCUAACUAAUACUAAGGGGCUAAAGUAUGUAAAAUUGUGAAUAAGUGUACAAUAUAAAAUGUAAACUAGCCAUAAUAUACAAUCUAAAAAUACAAAAAUACAAAUAGGGUAACAUGUUGUAAACUAUACAGUCGGGAUGGAACCCACGACCUCCUGUAGACCAUGCGAGGGAGUUAACAUCUCGCCACGGAGGAGAGAGAGACACGCAGACUCCAAAUAUACAGCAGGCUUCGUCAGGGUCGGGAUGGAACCCACGACCUCCCGUAUACCACGAGAGGUAGUCAACAUCUCGCCGUGUUUGCCUGCAGGCUCCUCCGUGCCGCCGGCCUCCGCCCAGGCUGUGGCGGUGUCGCGCAGCGCUCGCUCUCGCUACGGCCUGCGCCCGCGCGAGAGGAAAGUCUACACAGAGGUGGAGGAGCCCCAGGACGACGACUUCUUCUUCUGCGAGCUGUGCAGGGAUUUCUACCUGGGGGAGUGCUCCGUGCACGGCCCGCCAGAGUUCAUUGCAGACGCGGCCGUGGCCCCGGGAGUGGCCAACAGGGCCCGGCUCAGCCUGCCCCAGGGCCUCACCGUCAGCGCUUCCUCCAUCGCCGGCGCCGGCCUCGGGGUGUGGAGCAACAGGAAGAAGCUGCCCAAGGGGGUGAUUUUUGGGCCCUACCAGGGAGAGGUGUCUGAGGAGAACCCCGUGAGCGAGUACUGCUGGCUGAUUUACAAAAACAAAAAGGAUCGUGAAUAUGUUGAUGCUCAGGAUGAAUCUAAAUCAAACUGGAUGAGGUUCGUCAACUGCGCGAGGAAUGAGCAGGAGCAGAACCUGGUGGCCUUCCAGCACCGGGGGCAGAUUUACUACCGCACAUUCCGUGCCGUGGGGCCCGGCUCUGAGCUGCUGGUCUGGUACGGCGAGGAGUUCGCCCAGGAGCUGGGCAUCGCCUGCGAGGCCGGGCCCUCGCGACGCCGCAGCAGCAGCAGCAGCGAGAUGGCUCCUAGGGCCACCGCCAGAGACCUGCAGCCCGUGCAGCCUCCACCAAGCGAGGAACACCGUGAGCACUGCUCACCAGAGACUCACCACUGCUCACCAGACUAUAGCCACCACUCACCAGAGAUGAUAGCCACCACUCACGAGAGACGAUAGCCACCACUCACCAGAGAUGAUAGCCACCACUCACCAGAGAUGAUAGCCACCACGCACCAGAAAUGAUAGCCACCACUCACCAGAGAUGGCAGCCACCACUUACGAGAGACGAUAGCCACUACUCACCAGAGACGAUAGCCACCACUCAGUAGAGAUGAUAGCUACCAUUCACCAGAGAUGAUAGCGACAUCUCACCAGAGAUGUGGAUGUAGCUACCACUCACCAGAGAUGAUAGCCACCACUCACUAGAGAUGAUAGCCACCACUCACCAGAGAUGAUAGCCACAUCUCACCAGAGUUGGUAGCCACCACUCACCAGAGAUGACAGCCACCACUCACCAGAGAUGAUAGGCACCAGCCACACUGAUAAGGUGGAAGUGAGUAACUGGUGUGGUGUGUAGUAGUAAACAUCGCCACUGGGGAGACAAAGGCGGCUAUGUGUGGUGCUGGCCACCCUCCCACUCGUGUGCCGUGUUGGCUUUCAUUGGUGCCCAUAACAGCACUUGUCCCAAAAGUAUAUACAGGCUAUAUGGGGGUUCUUUGUCUUUGUGUGUAUAUAUAAUGGAGCCCACUGCACUACGAACCCGGCCACCUGAG